AUGUUAAUAACUGUGUCAAUCAUGGUUAACAUGGAGACGGCUCGAUUCUUCAAGUCUGACUUUGAAGAGAACGGCACCAUGGAUAAUGUCUGUCUGUUUCUCAACCUCGCCAAUGACCCAACCAUCGAACGGAUCAUCACCCCUCGCCUGGCAUUGACGGCCGCUGAGUUCCUGGCUUAUCAAUGUGAGAAGCAUGUGCUGGUCAUCCUGACAGACAUGAGCUCCUACGCUGAGGCUCUGCGCGAGGUAUCUGCAGCCCGGGAGGAGGUUCCUGGGAGACGGGGGUUUCCCGGUUACAUGUACACGGACUUGGCCACCAUUUACGAGCGAGCGGGGCGAGUGGAGGGAAGGAACGGUUCCAUCACACAAAUCCCCAUCCUCACCAUGCCAAACGACGAUAUCACCCACCCGAUUCCGGAUCUGACAGGAUUUAUCACCGAGGGCCAGAUCUAUGUUGACAGACAGCUACAUAACAGACAGAUAUAUCCACCAAUCAACGUGCUCCCCUCGCUUUCCCGUCUGAUGAAGUCAGCCAUUGGUGAAGGGAUGACACGGAAAGACCAUGCGGACGUGUCCAAUCAGCUGUAUGCUUGUUAUGCCAUUGGGAAGGAUGUUCAAGCCAUGAAGGCAGUGGUCGGUGAAGAGGCCUUGACUUCCGAUGACCUCCUGUACCUAGAAUUCCUUCAGAAAUUUGAGAAGAAUUUUAUUGCUCAAGGUCCGUACGAGAACCGGUCCAUCUUCGAUUCCCUGGACAUUGGGUGGCAGCUGCUGCGCAUUUUCCCCAAGGAAAUGCUGAAGAGAAUCCCAGGGAAUAUUACCUCGGAAUUUUACCCCCGGGAGUCUCGGGAGAACAAGGAGGAGGCCGGGACUCACCUGAACACCUUCGGUGAAGUUGCGCUGGUCACAGCAGUCGAUCCGUUUCCUAAAGGAAUAAUCAAGGGCGAGGCGAGGAACAUCAAAAGGUUUUGGCCACAGGAUUGGCCACGUCCCUGGACUUAUAAUGAUUUAAUAACGUGGGCAGAGGAGCUGGAAAUCCGGAAGGAGGCGGUAAAGGGGACGAUAGCGACUACGGAGGUAACGGCAGUAGCAGCUGUGAACCCGGCCCCUGAACGCUUUCGGCCAUAUGAGGUCAUUAUGACAGGUGAUACUUGUGCACUCGUGGAUGUGAAAACGGGAAGCAAAUGGAAACAUUAUUCUCAAUUAAAACCAUAUGAAGGAAGUAAUGGUAACCUGGGCAACGGAAAUCUGUUUUCACAGGUUUGUGAUCCUGACUAUGGGAAUGUCAGCUCCCGGCUUGGGAAGCACCCACGGAGAAAAUCAACAGUAACACUUGCCUUCACCCCGGACAAUAUGUACAAUUAG